ACCGGGUUGCAGGUAAAGCGUUACAGAAGCCGGGGCGCCUGAAAUGCAAACUUUUUCCUUCUUUCCCUCGGCGGUCACAUGACGCCCGGGUGCCCAAUGGCACUCCCGGCAGGCAGGCAGCGGCUCCCCGUGGAAGAGGUCAUGCAAAACUCUUCGCAGCCCCAGGAGGGCAUUGCCCUGCCGAGCUCGCCUUCAAAUGCAGGCGGCGGGGCGGGGAGAGCCAGGAAAGCGCCUCCUCGGCCACCGGCGUCGCUUCCCGGGCAGCAGUGACACAGUGGAUUUCCUGCAUUUAUAAACUGCGGGGCAAGUUAAUAAAACUUGAAGUUGGGUGUAUAAGAAGAUGUAGGAUACAAGUUUUUAAAAGAUGCCACUUCUCAGCCAGAUAUUAACAUCAUGGUCUCCCAGCUCCUUCUAACUGAUUGAUGUUAACAAAGAAGAAUCCAGAUGGGGUGCAGGUGCUGCAAAAUUAUACAAAGCUACAUCUUUGAUCCACAAGACGUACAGACACAAGGGUACAUUAAUGAAAUCAACAACUACAAAUUUGACACUCAGGACGGGCGGAAAUUCAAAGGCAAGCCCAGUGUGGAAAUCCAAGUCCAUAAAAAUGAACUGCAGAGUGACGAGUCACAACCAUCCAUACACAGAAAUAAAUUAAACAACGCUAAGGAAGCCGUUCGGAACCAGAGGAACGCAGCUCUCCAAGAGGAUGGGCUCAGUAACCGUCAUGAAAAGAGCUACAUUCACAUCAACGGCGUUCAUCCCUACUCAAAUCUCAAAUCCAAUCACAACACGAACCAAAACAAAGAGGCCGGUAGACACGCCUGUUCAGCCAAAGGGCUCUCGCAGCCAAAAGAGUGCAGCGACGCAAACCUAGAAGCGGAGCACCCCAAGCAACCGUUGGCGGCCACAGAAAGCAGCCAAUACCGGCAAUCGCUGACCACAGGAGAAAAUGGCUCUGCCACUCAAAGUGCCACACUGGAGGCCCACAGCAAUGACAUCUGUUCGCCUGGCCCAGACGUCUCAAAACAUGCCAGUCAACAAAGAGUGGCUGGAAGCGAGAGUCCAUCAAACAACCACAUGCACUCAACUCAAAGCACAGAACCCACAGUCUCAAACGAAGAUGGGGACUGGGCAUCGUGCGAGGCUAACAGGUGCGACUCAGGAGAUCGAGCCUGCAGAACGGGGACUUUAAAUGGGUGUGUUAAGGACAAAACAGUCAGCGAUAGCUACUCUCCGAGGCCAAGGCCAGAAGCCUCCCUGGAAGCUGGACAGGUUUGCUGUGGAGAGAUGAAUGGAGAAUUUGAGGAGGAGGAUGCAGACAUAGCAGAGGCCCUGGCAGCACUAGAGGCUGCAACUGCGGGAGAAGAGUUUGAAGAGGAGGAGGAGGAAUAUUAGACGAUGGUGAUAAUGCAUAUGCUGAGAAGUGGCUUUUCCAGGAGACGUGGAAAACGUUCCCCAUCGGGACUCACCUUUUGCAGAUAACAGGUGCAGGCCUUUGCUCUGGAUGCCCAUUAGUGGAUGGGAAAAAAAUCUAUAAUUAGGAAAGCUAAUUACCCGGAACAGCCACUCUGCACCCAGCAUUGCACUUUCAAGAGGGCUACUCUACUGCUUGUAUUUCUAAGUUCCACCAUUCUACAUCCUGAGGGGUGGUUCUUCCUCUACCACCAAAACACCCCUUCUUUGCUGUCGCAACACCUCUAAAGAAUGUAUAUGAAGCCAAGAAUGUGGUCUCCCUAUGUAGAAAGAACUCAAACUAAAACUUGUUACUUUAGUCAAGUCCUCUAUUUCACCUAAAAAGAGAGGACAUUCUUGGUAAACUGUUGCACCAAACUUCUAUUUUAGAUCAGGAAUUAUGAGGUAACAUAAAUGACUUAGUUAAACCCGGUACGUUGAACCUUUAUCCUGCCACACUUGCAAGCUGCUACAGGGCUGAAUCUGUACGACCGUCCCGAUCUUUAUACGCUGUGAGGAGGUCCCAGCUGUCAAAACUAAACUCCAAGAUGGCAGUUUCACAGCUAGAGAUCAGCCAAAACAGAUGUUUGCAGUGCCAAAAAAAAAAAAAACCCUGCCUUUUUCUGGCAGUUUUCCCCAGAACUACAGACUUUUCUUAAAAAAUGAUUUUUGUUUUCUUACUUUUCCAUUGCCCUCACCUUCACAUCUCAUAUCCAAAUUGGACUGAAUUCAUAGCAGUGUGAUAUCAUCCCGUUAACUGUAUGAACCCUGAUGGGAUGGGAAAAAACAAGUGAAAGUAGAUUUGGGUCUAUGGAAACUGCCAGAGUUGGAAGUAACCAACCACUGUGCCUAGCUGGACUGGAAAAGAAAUGAACGUUUGAACCAUCUAACUCUUUGGAGAGGGAGGAACGACUCUACCACACUCAAAUUGCUAGCUUUACCCUAAAAACGCUAAAAAACUGAGCUUCAGUUUUAUUUUAAACUAACUUAAAAAAUAAAAAAUAAACCACUUUUUAAAGAAAACAUGAUGCUUAACCUAUCACUCUCUGAAUAGAAUUUUUUUUUAAAAAAAAGAGUACAAAAACAUCAAUUCGGACCCAUUCUGCAUUUUGCUGCAAAACAAACAGGAGUCCACUGGCACCUUAGCGACCCACAGAAUAUAUUUCAGGAGCAGCUGAAUGUAUUUCAGAACCUGGAGAUAGGCAUGAGGCAUACGCAUACAGAUGUCAAAUAACAUGAGUGCUGUUUCGAGCAAAUUCUGUUACUCUCCAAGGUGCUGUUGAACUUCCUGCCUAAUCCUGCUGGCUAGACUAAUUUGGCUACCCAUCUGGAAUUAUGAACUCAACAGAUUUCACUGAUGUUACACCCUCUCCUCCCGCCCAUACUCCUUCAGGCUUCCAAUCCUCUGUAUGUUGCUGUCCAUGUGUAUCCAGUGACACUGUGAUUCUACUGGAUCUUCAGACUCACUGAUAUUUCCAGAGACUAUCAUGAGCUGGCUUCUUAUUCUGGUGAGCAGAAGAAAUUUUUUUCCUCUGGGAUGGAACAGCAAGAGAUCAAGGUGAUUGUUUUUAAAAAAAAAAAUCCCACCACUUAAGUGCCAUGCAACUAUGGCUGAUGUACAAAGAAAGUCCCAUUACAUACAAGUGGUUGUAAAAGAGAGAGAAGUGGAUGUAGUGGAGAGACUUGUUCACAUCGCUCAUUUUCUCAUCAUUUUUGGUUCACUCAGUUUUGAACGUGUAAACUGACUCCCUUGAAAAGCAUUAUGUCGGAGGUGAUCCUGUUUAGUUCUCUUUAUCAGCAGCCAAUGCCCCGUUUCAGGAAACAUAAAAUAUCACUGAUAAUAAAUUUGUUCUUUUCUACA